UGAAUAGUUGUUGUCCCCCGACUGUACUGUCGCCGCGGUUUAGGCAAUGUACAGAACAUUCAACGAUCUCCAAGCUAGUGGCAUUUCUAAGUUAAGGCUGAGAGGAGGCUGAACUGUUGGGUCUAGUUUUCAAAUCAAGCAGGGAAGAUAAUUAAGUCAUUAAGGCUGAUACAGAGCUCUUCCCAGCAUACUGGACCUCCGCUUUUUCCCAUCAUGUGCGAAGCCAUUGCGUUGCAUGACUUUAAUGCCACGGCUGACGAUGAACUGUCUUUCAAGAAAGGUUCAGUCGUGAAAAUAAUGAGGCCUUCUCAGGAGGGCGAAGGCUGGUUCGUUGCUGAGCAAGAUGGCAAAGACGGACUAGUGCCGAAGAAUUACGUCCAGCUUAAGCAAAACGACUUCUUGGAGAAGAAGGUUACCAGACUGGAAGCUGAAAACCUCCUCAAGGACGACAUUGAUGGCGCCUUCCUCGUCCGGGAUAGUGAAAGUACCCCAGGCGACUUCACGCUGUCGGUGAAGUUUGGCAAUGGAGUGCAACACUUCAAGGUCUUACGAGACGGCGCCGGCAAGUACUUUCUCUGGGUAGUGAAGUUUAACUCUCUGAACCAACUAGUGGAUUACCACAGAACCUCGUCUGUCAGCCGCACCCAAACCAUAUAUCUCAAAGACCGGACGUCUGCAUCCAAAGAGCUCUACGUGGAAGCAGCAUACGACUUCGCCGCCACAGAAGAGGGGGAACUAGACUUCAAGAAGGGGGAGAAGAUUCUGGUCCUGGAUAAGUCGGACCAGAACUGGUGGAGAGGCCGGCUGGAGAGUGGGAAAGAAGGAAUGUUCCCAGUCUCUUACACUAAAGAAAUUAAAUAACUUUGCCCACAGCGAUAUGUAAUUUCUGAUAUAUAUGAAAGGAACAGAUCUCCAACAAAGUUUAUAAAUCUUCUGCCUAUCUUAACAGAUCGCAUCAAUCCAAUUCAAACAGGUGCUUAAAACUAAAGGAUACAUUAACAAGAGAAUAGGGCAUGAAAAGGAAAAGAGAGACGGAGAGAAAAAAGCCCAAGAAAAUAGGAAAAUGGCUACAUUGUUAGUUGGUUUAGUAAAUUUGAUGGUUACCUUCCAUCUUUCAUGUUAUCUGGGGUCCAUAUUUUCCUUGCGGUAAUCCACAUCCUGGGAGGGGGAUAUAUACAUUUUCUUUUUUGGAAAACACGACCCUCCAAAUGUUUUCUUCCGCAAAAUAUUUCUACCCCCAAGAGAGAUGGUAGUGCCGUUUGUAGACGCUGACGUACGAUUUCAAUUCCUAAAACAAUUGCAACAUAAUUUUCUGGGAGAGGGUAACUUUUACCCUACCCAUCGCUGGAUUUGGCACUCACCUCCCAUGGGCCGUGGGCCUUGGUAAAAUAUGAAAGUACACGUGUCUUUGAAAGUUUUUGCACAGCAUGAGACGUUGACUCGUCUGUCUGGCUUUGACCAUCACUUUACUCAUAAAAUUGGCCUACAACUGAAUUUUUUAAAUAGGCUUACUGUAUGAAUCGGUAUCUCCAGCAUGAUGUGGGGUACAUUAUAUUUUCGAUCGGAGAGCAAGUCGUCAAUUAGCCACUUGCGAGUUAAAUUUGAAUAAAAUCUGGUACACUGUUAUCUGAUUGCA